AUGCUCAGACUAGCUAUAUAUAGCUAUGCGAGCAUAGCAGCAGCAUUUCCCGAAGAGCGGUCGAGGUGGCUAAAUGUUUUCAAAACAAAAAUCGCAGUGCUUCUUGACCUCAACGAAGACCAUCGACUGGCCUUAGAAGCAAAGACGGUAGGCUCACCGGGGUCCCAGGCCAAGCAACAGGCCUGGGACUCCAUUGCGAGCACCCUGUGCACCGUGGCAGGUGUGCGUCAAACUACAGCCGAAAAAAAGAAGUGGGGCGACCUGAAGUCUCCUGCAAAAGCUCGAGUUAUCGACGACACAAAAAUCAGCAAGGUCGUAGACUGCGUCAAAGAGAAUGCCAGCGAAGAGAUCGCCAAAAAAAUUGACGCAGCACGUGUGGGUCUUCAAUGCCCAGACAUCCCGUGUGCUCUGCGAAAGCUCUGCAACAAACACCACGGGAGGAUCCCGGCCCACUCCACCAAAGCUUUUUAUUCGAACGAGGACAAGGCAAUCAUCCGAGGACUUUUUGACACCUGCCGCGAACAGUCCUGAAGCAUCGAUUCGAGCUCAACCUUCCAUCGUGCCAUGAACUAGCGCAAUAAACGGUGAUCAUUUUCAAA